AUGUCGGCCAAACUCCUCAAGCAGCCCGUCAAGCUCGCGCUCGUGCAGCUCGCGACGGGCGCCAGCAAGGCGGACAACCUGGCGCGCGCGCGCAGCAAGGUGCUCGAGGCGGCCGCCAACGGCGCCAAGAUCGUCGUGCUGCCCGAGUGCUUCAACAGCCCGUACGGCGUCAAGUACUUUUCGCAGUACGCCGAGACGUUGCGCGGGGCUGCUGCUGCUGCUGGUGCAGCACCGUCGCCGCCGACCGAGGACGAGUCGCCCAGCUACCACGCGCUGAGCGCGCUGGCCAAGGAGGCGGGCGCGUACAUCGUCGGCGGGUCGAUACCGGAGCGCGUGAAGAAGGAGAAGAAGGGGGCCAGCAGUGGCAGCGCGGACGCGGACGGGAAAAAGGACGACGACGAGACGCUGUACAACACGUCGCUCAUCUUCGCGCCGUCGGGCGCGCUGCUCUCGACGCACCGCAAGGUGCACCUGUUCGACAUUUCGAUACCCGGCAAGAUCACGUUCCGCGAGUCGGACGCGCUGUCCCCCGGCAACAAGGUGACGCUGGUCGACCUGCCCGAGUACGGGCGCGUGGCCGUCGCCAUCUGCUACGACGUGCGCUUCCCCGAGCUCGCCACCAUCGCCGCGCGCAAGGGCGCCUUCUUGCUGCUGUACCCCGGCGCCUUCAACCUCACCACGGGCGCCCUGCAUUGGGAGUUGCAGGCCCGUGCGCGGGCGAUGGAUAAUCAGGUGUAUGUCGGGCUGUGCAGUCCGGCGCGGGAUAUGGAUGCUGAGUACAAUGCGUGGGGGCAUAGCAUGGUGGUGGAUCCGAAUGCCGAGGUGCUGACGGAGGCGGCUGAGGGGGAGGAGAUUGUGUAUGCGGAAUUGACGGGGGAGAGGAUCGAGGAGGUGAGGAAGGGGAUUCCGAUUUAUGGGCAGAGGAGGUUUGAUGUUUAUCCGGAUGUUAGCGAGGGGAAGAUACGGUUUGAGGAGUAG